GUUUUCACAUUAAACGAUCAUUUUAAGGGCGAACCAAUCAAACUGCAAAUUUAUACAAAUUGAUACUAAACGGGUUAUAUUAAUUUUAUAACAAAAAUUAAGUGUGUAAAUAAGUUUGAGCGGAGUCGUAAUUAAAACUAAUUGGGUGUAAUAUAGCGAUAAUUAUUUUGUAUUAAGGCGGCUUUUGACAGUAUUUUGCUCUUUUCGGGUGUAACUGUUUUUUAAAAUUUGAAAAUCGAAAAUGCAUUUCGGUGUGAAUUGUGCGUGAGUGUGUGGAUUUUGGACAGUGGUCAAGUGAGUUGCAACGAUUGGUUUGUUGUGGUGCCCGGAGGAAGAUGGCGGUAUAGGGCGAGGCCAGGUCUGGCCUUUCGGGGCCAUGCUUAAUAACCUUACCUCUACGGCUUUAGGAGGUCACAAAGAGUGCGACAGCAAAGUCGAACUGAAGCCGAACGUGGAGCGGCAUCAUGCCGGCGGAGCGCGGCUGCUUGCUCACUCCAUACGACAAGAUCACCUGCAAGGUGGUAUACAUCAGCAGCACAGCGGGCAUAUGUCUACAGUGCCCGUUAGUAUGUCUUCCUCAGCAUCCGAUAGCGACAAACCAGCUAAGCAGAAAAGGCAUAGAACGAGAUUUACACCGGCACAACUAAAUGAGUUAGAGCGGUGUUUCACCAAAACACACUAUCCAGACAUCUUUAUGAGAGAAGAGAUCGCAAUGAGAAUUGGUCUGACGGAGAGUCGAGUACAGGUUUGGUUCCAAAACCGGCGAGCGAAGUGGAAAAAGCGUAAGAAGAGCAACAAUGUGUUCAGAUCACCUGGGUCCCUGCUUCCUUCCCAUGGACUACCUCCCUUUGGUGCUGGAGAUGUUUGCUCACCUGGAGUUUUUGCGGACAGGGGCUGGAGUAUGCCACCUGGUCUAGGUCAGCUUUCCCAGGGCGGCGUAUCGAUGGGCGGAUUCGGUUCGGGCGGUCUGCCCCAGCUGGCGGCGGAUCUUAACCCCUCCUUGCCCAUCAACUCCGUAGGCUCACAGCCCUAUCAGACACACUAUCCGUUAAAUUCAUUGGGUGACACAAUGAUGUCGUACUGCAACAAUAUUAACCAGCAAAGCGCGCUGGAAGGCUCCCCUACUCCGCCACAGCCACACUGUGGGUCUAGCGGCUCACCUGCAGCUUCCGGUAACGGCGGCGAGCAUCCAGAAGAGGAAGUAUGGCGCGGUCACAGCAUCGCCGCCCUGCGCCGACGCGCCUCAGAACUUUCCGCUGCUAUCCCGCCCUAUCUCCAACUCAAUUAUGACGCGCACAGCCCUGUCUACUAAUCGUAUAGCAGAUAAACCUACGCAAAUUAUUAUAAGUUAAAUAAUUUUAUAAUGUUAUUCCAAUUUUAAGGUAUUAUUUCGUAACAUAUUGAUUUUGAUUCAAUCGAAUACCUAACCAGCAAACAAAAAGAUUAGGGUCUACCAAUUUAUUACGUAAACACUCCAAUAUAAGGAAGGAUAGAUACCUCAACUGUUUUCAGAUAAAACAAGUUUAUAUUGGUGAUUAUCCUUAAUACAAAUUACCACAGUUGAUCAGUACCAAGUUUUACGUUUACCGAAGUUCGACAAUCCAAAAAUCUAUCGGAACAGCCGACGGGACGUAAUCUUUUUUAAAAAAAAAGUUAACAAAUGCGCGUUUACGAGUAUAUAUAAGGUAGAAACGAUUGGUAUUUCGGAUUUAAAGACCGGUUGUAGAUAUCGUCGUCAUAUUUCUUAUUUGUCUGGCUUGGAAUCUCUAUCAAUUUAUUGUAAGUAAAUAAAUAAUUUUCCCCAUUUUUUUCUUUGUAAAUGUUGUACUGUUAAGCUUAUAUUGUUUAUUAUAUAAUUAUCUAUAAUAAUUUAUUCUGUAAGUUUAAAAUAUUAUGUUCCUUUUUUAUACGUGUACAUAUUUUAUUUUAAGUUAACUUUCUACAAUUGAAACGAAAAUUCAUUACAUUAUUUACAUCUGACUAUCAUCAGUUUGGUGCCGUACAGCAUUAAAAAUGGUACACGAAAUAUUGUCGUUUAAUUUUUUUAUAUACGUGUACCAUGUACAUAUAUCUCGAAAAAUUGUAGAUUUUCUUUACAGUUUUAAAUUCAGAACUGAAAAUUGAGAAAUCUUAACGAAAAUGUCCAUUACAUUUGCCAAAAUAUCUUAAAGUUCUCAUUUAAUUAAUGGCCAAAGCAAUCGUUGGUCUAUAUGUUAAUGUGAGUCUAAUAAUACAUGUAUACGCGUUCGUACAAUAAUAACAUAGUGAUAGAUAUAUUAAGUUAUAUGCUAAGGUAGACGGCGGUUGAUUCCGCCUUUAGCGCCUACAUACAUAACGUAUGCAAUUAUUUGGAUUAUACAUAUAUAUGCCAAUGCAAGAAGUAAUCAAUGAUUUGUUUAGAAAAAAAUGUAAAGCAAAUGUAAAACAAAAGCUAGUUUAUAUAAAAACUUUUUAUAUAAACUAGCUUUUGUUCUUACUUCGCAAAAUGGGAUGAAAGAGAAAUGUAGGAACCGCAUGCGAGCCGCGGGCUUGACGCAUGCUACGUGAUUUUUUAUAGAUCAAAAUAAAAUAUCCAAAGCCACGGUUUUAUAUGAAUAAGACCAAAUGUGAUCUAACAAUUGGUACAUUAUGUAUGGAGGGGCGAAGUAGGUCUAAUACAUUCCAAUGUAGUGUUAUUGUAAUAGAUUCAUUGAAGAUAUUUGUGAAAGAUCGCAUUUUAUAGUUCAUCAAUAAAUGUUCAUGAAACUCAAUAGAA